AAAUCAGAAUGCAUGCGGCAUACAUGCAUACAUAACCAAACACGCACACAAAAUAAUGUUGAAACUACUAUAUUAAAUGGGCGUUAUACGCGAUUCAAUAUAGAAUAAUACAGUUCUUCAACAAUGAUUGUGUUACUGCUAAUUGCUAGCGUAGCCACAAUUUCUGCCGCUACAAAUGAAGAGGCAACUUCACAUACUCAUAUCAACCCGGAAUAUCUGGAACCUCGUGAAGAAUACUACAAACCUAUUCUUUAUCAUCCCAGAGGAGAACAUGAAACUGGAAGAUACCACAACAACUACUUUGGACACUAUGCUGGCGAUUACAACGGUCACUACGGGAACAACAUAGGACAUCCGUACAGCCCCUAUUUAGAACGUAAAAUUAAUACCGAACAAAUCUAUGGAAAUCAUAUUCCCGUGCAAAAGGAGCCUUAUUUUAUUUCCCAUGACCCAUCACAUUAUAUACAUAAUCAUAAAUAUGGAUACAUCCCGGCAACAGCGGCAUAUCACAACGUCAGUCCUUACCUAGAACGCAAGGUGGACAGUUAUGCUUAUAAUCAAGGCUACGGGCUUGAUGGGUAUAAUGGGCUCUAUUAUUCACAUAGCCCUGCCAAAUAUCCAGUACACUAAUUAAGCAUGAAGAAUUAUCUCAUUUAAUUUAUAAGUUCAUAAUAAUUUGAUAUAUUUUUGAUUGUAUUUUUUAUAUCUCUAAAUUAAAUAAAUUAUUGAUUAUUUUA